UGGCGUCACGCAGGAGGAGGGAUGACUUUAAAUAUGGAAAAAGAGACACGCUGCGCUCACAGAGUCUCUCCAGACGCUUCCAGACAAAACGAGACUUUUUCUUCAAGAUGUCACCUGGACACGACCUGAACCAGUCCGGCACGAUAUGAAGAGUGUGUGUUCCGAGUUUAAUUUGUUUAGUAGAGUCGAAGAUACCAUUCCGACGAGAUAGCUCCGAGCCUUUUGUCUUGUUUUUGUUUUGUAUCCACUUGAAAAGCGCAACAGCUAGAGUAGUUUUUCAAACACCGACUACAAGAGAAACUUGAACGACUGCUGGACGCCAGACUGAUCAUCUUUAAAGGCGAAGUUUGCCACCAUGACGUCCGAAAAGAAAAUGGAGGAUGAGGCGGUGCUGGACAGAGGAGCGUCCUUCGUCAAACACGUCUGUGAUGAAGAGGAAGUGGAAGGUCACCACACUGUGUACAUUGGCGUGCACGUUCCCAAGAGCUACCAAAGGAGGAGACGCCACAGACGCAAGUCUAGCCACAAGGAGAAGCGGGAACGGCCCGACCACAGCACCGAAGGAUUCAAGUCAGAUGGGGACAAUGCAGACGAAUCGCCUGCAAAUAUCCUCAAACCUCUCAUUUCUCCAGCUGAGAGGAUCAGGUUUAUCCUGGGAGAGGAGGACGAUGGUCCCCCACCUCCUCAGCUCUUCACGGAGCUGGAUGAACUCCUGGCUGUGGACGGACAGGAGAUGGAGUGGAAGGAGACAGCCAGAUGGAUCAAGUUCGAGGAGAAGGUGGAGAAAGGCGGUGAGCGCUGGAGUAAGCCUCAUGUGGCCACGCUGUCCUUACACAGCUUGAUGGAGCUCAAAACGUGCAUAGAGAAGGGCACUAUCAUGCUGGAUCUGGAGGCAACCACGCUGCCGCAGGUUGUCGAGGUGAUCACCGACAGCCAGAUUGAGGCCGGUCAGCUGAAGCCGGACCUGAAGGAGAAGGUCAUGUACACGCUGCUACGAAAGCAUCGCCACCAGACCAAGAAGUCCAACUUGCGCUCCCUUGCUGACAUUGGAAAGAGCGUUUCCAGUGCAAGUAGGCUUUUUACCAACCAGGAGAAUGCACGCAACCCCCUUGAGCACCCUGUGCCUUGUUUAAACCCACAAGACCCAGAGGAACCAUGUGAGGUCAUGAGGAGCUCCAGCAUGGGAUACCUCUGUAGCCCGACGACUGCCCACAGAAACCUCACCUCCAACAGCCUGAGCGACUUCUCUGACAAACCAGAGAAGGAUCAGCUGAAGAACAAGUUCAUGAAGAAGUUGCCUCGUGAUGCAGAGGCAUCAAACGUGCUGGUUGGAGAGGUGGACUUCCUGGAGACUCCGUUUGUGGCGUUUGUUCGUCUGCAGCAGGCCGUCAUGCUGGGGGCUUUAACCGAGGUCCCCGUGCCCACAAGAUUUCUCUUCGUGCUGCUGGGCCCCAAAGGAAAAGCAAAGUCCUAUCAUGAAAUUGGAAGAGCCAUUGCCACCCUGAUGUCAGACGAGGUGUUCCAUGAUAUUGCCUAUAAAGCGAAGGACAGGCAGGACCUGCUGGCUGGUAUCGAGGAGUUCCUGGAUGAGGUCAUCGUUCUGCCCCCCGGAGAGUGGGACCCUGACAUCAGGAUAGAGCCACCCAAGUCUCUGCCCUCCUCAGACAAGAGGAAGAACAUGUAUGCUGGAUUAGAGGCGCCUCAGAUGAAUGGCGACACUCCUCAUGAUGCGGGACCCGGAGGGGGAGGAGGACAUGAGGUCGGAGAGGAGCUUCAGCGCACAAAAAAGUUUUGUGGAGGUCUUGUCUUGGAUAUCAAGCGGAAGUUGCCGUUUUUUGCCAGUGACUUUUAUGAUGCAAUUCAUAUCCAGUCGCUGUCGGCCAUCUUGUUCAUCUAUCUGGGCACGGUCACCAAUGCAAUCACAUUUGGAGGCUUACUUGGUGAUGCUACAGAGAACAUGCAGGGAGUGUUGGAAAGUUUCCUGGGUACGGCACUGACAGGAGCAGUGUUCUGCAUGCUGUCCGGUCAGCCCCUGACGAUCCUCAGCAGCACAGGCCCCGUGCUCGUCUUUGAAAGGCUCCUCUUCACAUUCAGCAAAGACAACGGGUUGGACUACCUUGAGUUCCGGCUGUGGAUCGGCCUGUGGUCGGGUGUAUUCUGUCUGCUGCUGGUCGCCACAGACGCCAGCUUCCUGGUGCAGUACUUCACACGUUUCACCGAGGAAGGCUUCUCUGCGCUCAUCAGCUUCAUCUUCAUCUACGACGCUUUCAAAAAGAUGAUAAAGCUGGCCCACCACAACCCCAUAAACUCCAACUUCGAUCACAACUUCGUCACCCAAUAUGCCUGCAUCUGCAUGCCUGGUAACUCGUCGGACCUCCUUGAUAUCUCUGCAACAAACAGUACCGAUCUGCCAGCAAACGCCACCUGGGCGUCCCUGACCAUGGAGCAGUGUGUGAAGUACAAAGGGCAGCUGGUCGGAGAGUCCUGUGGCUUUGUGCCUGACAUCACCCUGAUGUCGCUCAUCUUGUUCUUCGGGACCUACACCUGCUCCAUGGGUCUGAAGAAGUUCAAGACGAGCCGCUUCUUCCCCACCACAGUGAGGAAGCUCAUCAGUGACUUUGCGAUCAUCUUGACCAUUCUUCUCUUCUGUGGCGUGGAUGCCUUUGUUGGUGUGGACACUCCAAAGCUCAUAGUGCCAAGUGAAUUCAAGCCCACGAAUCCACUAAGGGGCUGGUUUAUUCCCCCUUUUGGAGGGAACCCCUGGUGGGUGUACCUGGCAGCCACACUCCCUGCUCUGCUGGUCACCAUUCUGAUAUUUAUGGACCAGCAAAUUACUGCUGUGAUUGUCAACAGGAAAGAGCACAAACUCAAGAAAGGAGCAGGCUACCACUUGGAUCUGUUCUGGGUGGCCGUAUUGAUGAUCGUCUGCUCUUUCAUGGGCCUGCCAUGGUACGUGGCUGCCACUGUCAUCUCCAUCGCCCACAUCGACUCUCUGAAGAUGGAGACGCAGACGUCGGCCCCCGGGGAGCAGCCCAAGUUCCUGGGUGUCAGGGAGCAAAGAGUCACCGGUACCUUUGUGUUCCUCCUGACGGGACUCUCUGUCUUCAUGGCUCCUAUCCUCAAGUUCAUCCCCAUGCCUGUGCUCUACGGUGUGUUCCUCUACAUGGGUGUGGCGUCUCUCAAUGGUGUCCAGUUCAUGGACCGCCUCCAGCUGCUCCUGAUGCCAGCAAAGCACCAGCCGGACCUGAUCUACCUGCGCCACGUCCCCCAGAGACGCAUCCACCUCUUCACCUUCAUCCAGGCCCUGUGCUUGGCCCUCCUCUGGAUCCUCAAGUCCACCGUGGCUGCCAUCAUCUUCCCUGUCAUGAUCUUGGCUUUGGUUGCCGUUCGAAAGGCGAUGGACUACGUGUUCUCACAGCAUGACCUCAGCUACCUGGACGACGUCAUCCCAGAGAAAGACAAGAAGAAGAAAGAGGAUGAGAAGAAAAAGAAGAACAAGAAGAAGGGAAGCAUAGACAGUGAAAUUGAAUUUUCUGACUACCCCUACAAUGACAAUGUGCCCAGUAUAAAAAUCUCUAUGGAUAUGAUGGAGCAGGAGCCCAUGUUGGGCGAUAAAUCUGUGGAUAGAGAUCAAUCCAAGACUUUCCUUGACCCGCAUUCGGCGUGCUGAGCACUACUUUGAUUCCUCUACAGUGGCCGAGUGAUCUUGACAGAGGUUCAUACACGAAAGGUUCGCCUCAGAUUCGAAUAGACAGGGACACUGGAGAUAACGCUUUCUUCUGGAGGAAAGGCUCCGAAACAGAUCUGUGAAUGAAUUAUCCAAAGAUGCAGAAAAACCAGCACAUGGCAAAACAUCCUCUUUUUUUGUACUGUAGUAGUGAUUUGAAACAGUAUUUUAAAAAAUAUUCCCUGCUUGAGGAUUUAAAUCAGAAUGGGUGAAAGUAUUUGUUGUAAGAUUGAAACACUUUGGUGGUACUGAAUUUUAAUGAUGGCUGACACCGGAUACGUUUUAAGCAUUCUUCAUCUGCAGGAGUUCUUGCAGGAAAAACAAAAGGGCUACUCGUCAAGGUCAUCUGUGUGCAGUUUUUAUGAGACAUUAAUUUCUUAUGAAUGUGUAUGCUAAUAAUUUAUAAUAAGUGGCCAGCUAAAGAUGUUUUAGUAAAAAAAUGCCCAGGAUGCAUUUUGGAGAAUGCAGAUGGCUUCAAAGCAUCCACACCAUUUUUUUCUCUCCAAAAAACAUAACCAGCCUCUCAUCAAAGAAUUCGUUUUUUUAUUUUUUUUUAUGUUCCUUGUGAAGUUAAGUCAUAACUACUGGAAUUUCAACAUUAAAACACAGCGGAGGUACUGCAUUUGGAGCCAUUCAAGAGCCUGCACAUGAGAAAUCCUCUAUUUAUAUCGAACAAAAGGGCUACAAAAAGUAAUCUGUGCACAGUAAUGAGCAGACAUUAUUUUGUAUUUAUGGGCAUAUCAAUUAUUUAUCAAGCGUCUGUCUAGGGCUGCGUGUACUCAAAACACAUCCAGAAGAUCAUAUAAGAAGACCAUGUUUAUUUCAGUAUGGUAAGAAGUAAAUGGCUGAACACCAUGCAGACUGGAAGUUUUGUUUUUAUGUCAAAUGUUCUUUUUUUCCUCGUCCUAUAUUUAUUAUAUUUAAACUCUCGGCAAAUUAAUUUGUUGUUUGAACCUGAAGUAUGGCUUUACCAUUUGACUUCCCCAUUUGUGCAAAUUUGAAGAUAUUCUUUCUGUGGUCUGUAUCCACUCAGCUGUCUUUUCCCUGUUAUAGGGAGAUAUAGAUGUAUUAUACCUGUAUGUAGCUCUACCUCUUAUAUUUCUGUAGGUGCCAGGCAUAUUAUAAAACUUUUGUUGUACAAUUAUUUGUGAUCAAACACUGAUUUAUUUUUUCAACUGGCACUGCAUAGGAUCUCUGAAUCUUCACUUGGAGUUCCUUUUUGCUCUGUGACACUUAAGAUAUUGUAUUUUUGUUUUAUUUGUUAAUAUGAAAUGUGUAUGAUUUUGCAGUGUUUUUAAAGGGCGAUUCCACCAAAAUGUUUUUUUUUUUAGGUUUUUCAUCCCAAAAGCAAAAAUAACAUUAAGAUUCACAUCCUGAAGUUAGGGGGGGAAUAACGUUCUCACAUGCUCGACUGUGAACCCUAAAAGCCUAUUUGAGUUGAAUUUUCCUUUUUAAGAAUGUGUUCAUAUUUAAAACGCUGUUGAUGUGAGACAUUUUCAAUCUUUUAAGUAAUUCUUUUUCUUUUUUAAAUUAUGUUGUGUGUGUUUUUUUUUUUUUUUUAAAUGCAAAUCAACAAACAAUCACUGUGAGGCAAUGCGAUGUUGUGACUUCCAGUCUUGGAAGAACUACUGCUCUAUAGUGUGCAGGGUAAAAUGUGUUUGUGCAACAGCUUCAGUUUAAAAUUGACAUUUUGCUGAGACACUAUCUUCAUUGUAUCAUCAUCUAAAAUCCAUUAAGUGACAGUUUGAGUCUUACCUUUUCCUGUUUUAUUCAAAUGACUUACUAAUUAUUCUGUUUCUGUUGAAAUUCAGUUGAUUUUUGGAUAUUUAUGCAUAUCUGAAUGUAACACAUCUCAAUGAUUUGAAAUGCAUAUAUUCCUCGAAGAAAGGGACACACACAAUCAGUGCUGUUUCUCAUCUGAUUUGUAGUGCAAGUAAUUAACGCUUCCACAAUCGCUUCAAUAUGCCGUCAAGAUGUGAAGCACAAGACUUUUUAGUCACUUUGAACCAAAAAUCAGAAAAACACAUUGUCUUCCUCUGUGAUCUGUAUAUCUUGACUGUUUGACUUUCUGGUUCUGAUUCCACAAUCAAUGUAAUAUUUUUGAAGCCUGAAACCAAUUUUAUACAAGCAUCUUAUGUGCUCGAUAACCAUAGGUUACUCAGAAGGAAGCAGAUGUCUGUUUUUUAUGGAAUAGUGUUUCAAAUGAGGGCAAUAAAACAAUCCAAAUGAUUCUUAAA